ACAUGGAACUAAUACAUAUCACACUUGUCUUUAGAUGUAGACGAAUGUAAUGGGGAUAACUCCUGUUCUGCUAAUGCUGACUGUGACAAUACUGUUGGAAGCUACAACUGUACAUGUAAGGUUGGUUACCAUGGAAACGGAAGCCAAUGUGAAGAUGCGAACGAGUGUACGGAGCCUGAUGCCUGCUCUCCAAAUGCUGUUUGUAUGAACGUACCUGGUAGUUACAGCUGUAAAUGUAACGUCGGAUUUACUGGAGAUGGGAGCAACUGUACAGACGUGGAUGAAUGUGUUGAGAUGGACCUCUGCGGUCUUAAUGCUAACUGUGACAAUGUCCCUGGUUCCUACAACUGCACCUGUCAGACUGGUUUCCUUGGGAACGGCACAAACUGCACAGCCUUACCAUCGAUAACAUCACCGUUGAUCGAUUCUCCAGUUCGUUUGGCUGGUGUUAUAAUAGGAAGUCUGAUCGGUCUAAUGCUUGUCGUGUUCAUCAUAGUGAUUGUCAUCCUCAGACGAAGAAAACAGAACGAGAGGCUUAAUAAAGCUGAGGCAGAGCCAAGAGAUCGAAACAUAGCGAGAAACUCUAACGUGCAGAAUCAGAGUUAUGCUGAGGUGAGGAUGUCGGACCUGGUGGGAACGGAGCUUGAUGACAACAUGGCCAGUGUUACACAGUAUUCAGAGGACUCUCAAGCACUGUACUCCAAUGAUCUUGUGAAAGAGAGGAAAAUGAAACAGCGCCAGAUGGAGCAGCAGGAAAGAGCCUUUCACAACGACGCUGCGGUGUAUGAGAAUGAGCCAGGUCCCGUCGGUGGUGUCCCUACAAACGGCGCUUCGGCCAUGUCGUACGAUACUUUGUGGAAAUCCGGGGUGACGACUUCUUCAGAUGACACCUAUAACCACUUACACCAACAGACCGUCGUGCCCGAGAAGAAAGUCGAGACGAACCAUUCCGUGAAUGUGUACAAUCAUUUGUACGGCAAAGGUAAAGCCUUACCCAAACCUGUCCAUGGACCGACAUCAGUCCAGGAUAACCUCUACUCACUGGCGAAUGAGUGCAAUGAUUCAAACUGAUUUUCGUCAUCCUUCAAAUUGGACGUAUUUUUGUUUAUAAAAUACCAAUGGCUUGUGGACAUUUUAGUAAUAAUUCACAUUACAUUGAGAGCGCUACAUGCCGCAACGAUCGGCGAUUUCCAAACAACCAUUGUAUAAGGCUUGCCUGCAGUUUGAACUGAAGUAGGUGGUCUGCUUAGUGGCCUUGAUCAUACUGCUAAACUUCACGCUGUAGCUGAUUGGAUAUGGUACAAAACCUAAUAAUACAGCUAUCAAACACCAGGCUGAAUAUCGUACACUGACAAUAUCAUUUAAAAUUAUCUCUGCAACAGAUAAUAAACGUGCUUAACAAAUUAAUGCCUUUCAGUAAACAUAUACUAUUUAGAGCGUAAAAAUGAUUUCACUGUUUCAAAAUGCUAUAAUUUGAUCCAUUUUAUGGACAAACUAUAAUGAAUGCUUUCUUUUAACAUGUUCAAGAAGUGUUUAUAUUUCAAAUACACGCGUAUGUUUUAUAAAUA